AUGGCUGGCGGCGGUGUGUCAAGGGAAGACGAGCCUUCUCAAGGUCGCUUAUAUGUAGCGCUCGAGGAUGUCUCCAUAUCGGAUCCACAGAGCUGCUGGAACAUGCUGGUCGGCCCUGCUAUCGUGAUCACCGGCUUUCCUAUCCCUGAUCGCAAGGAUACCGAGAAAGGCCUCGAAGUCUCGAUCGGUACCAUGGCACAACUAGCUGGAGUCCCCCAAGCGGUGAGCUUCGGAGGGGGCAUUGUUCUUAAAGCGAGGUGCCAUGCAAUAGUGCCAACCAUAGAUCAUGGCGAUUCAAUCCAAUGGCACAUGAUUGAUACUUAUCCAAAACGCUUGGAAUGGGGUCACAUAGACAAGUUGUGUCCUGGUCGUCUUCAAGGCCUUGACAUAAAACCAGAUUUCUGGGGCCGUCGAUCGUUCCUUGGGUGGUGCGGCCGAGUCAAGGACCUUCUAGGCACUUCCGACAUUGAUUACUCGGCGGUUCAGUAUUCAAAUGCUGAGAGUCCCUCUAGGUGGGCACAAGUCGAGAAGAUUACUUUGGGUUUCAGUCAAUGGGGUACCCUCACCACUGAGGUCACUCUUGGCAAGAAAGAUGGUUUCAGCUGCCAGAGACCGGACGAUUACGAUUCACUUUUAGAUGAUGCCAGCCAGGGAACGACGCUGGAUGAGCUCCUGCUUGCAAACCCUGACCGUAAUACUACUUCCAGUAGAGAAGUCAUGAUGCGCAAUGCUGAGAAGCUUUACUCCGUGAGUCACCAAUUCUCAAGCCCCCUCCCAAAGCACGUUCUUUUCAAGGAAGAAGUCAGGCUGCUUUGGACCACCAUCGACGGGUUGUGGGCGCACAGUUAUGAGGGUGCCAGCAGCAAGGCGUUUCUAAAACUUAAGCUUGAUACCGGUCAUUCUUUGUCAGGAUGGGAGUACAUGGAUGUCUUGGGUAAUAUACGGCACAUGGAACCAAAAUCCAUCGACUUGCGGCGAAAUUAUGGUCGCUGGAACAACUUUGCCAAGGACAUCAAGGCUAUCGUUUUAUUCGGGGCCGAAUUCGGGGAUUUGCUUCAGCCAGCAACACAAGAUGGUCUAUGCCCCGCGUUGACAUCACUCCCUAGGGACGAAUGCUACUUGAGUGUGCGCGUCGACACCUUGAUCAACCUCUUCAACAAGCAGGGUUCCCUCCGUGACCAGAAGAAGCUGACCAGCUCUGGACUUGCUUUACAAUGGCCAAGCCAGGCCUUUGAGCACUUGCAUCCGGACCAUAACUCUAGCGUGGAU